GGCCGGGGCGCACUCACUCGAGCGGGCGGGCACGGGAGCGCGGCGCGGUGUUCCGACGCUGCCCUCUCCCUCAGGACCAUGGACGCUGCUUACCUCUUCCUGCUCCUGCUGCCUGUAGGCCUGCUGGCUCAAGGCCAGUACGACCUGGACUCGCUGCCCCCGUUCCCGGAACAUGUCCAGUACACCCACUACAGCGACCAGAUCGACGGCACAGACUACUACGAUUACCAAGACCCCUUGCCGCCCAAUGCAGAAGUGAGCUCCCGGCCCCCAGAGGAGCAGCUCCAGUUCCAGUCCCAGCAGCAAGUCCAACAGGAAGUCAUCCCAGCCCCUACCCCAGAACUGCCGGAGCCAGGGAACGCAGAGACGGAACCCACGGAGCCUGGGCCUCUUGACUGCCGUGAGGAGCAGUACCCGUGCACCCGCCUCUACUCCAUCCACAAGCCUUGCAAACAGUGCCUCAACGAGGUCUGCUUCUACAGCCUCCGCCGUGUGUAUGUGGUCAACAAGGAGAUCUGUGUCCGCACCGUGUGCGCCCACGAGGAGCUGCUCCGAGCGGACCUGUGCCGGGACAAGUUCUCCAAGUGCGGCGUGAUGGCCGUCAGCGGCCUGUGCCAGUCUGUGGUGGCCUCCUGCGCCAGGAGCUGUGGGGGCUGCUAGGGGGAGCCGUGCGGGCGUCGUGAGCCCCCAGGGCUCUGCCGCAGGCCCUGCCUGACUUGGUGCUUCUCCCUCCCCCCAACGCCUCCUCUUCUGUGCAGUGGCUCAGCGAGGGGGUGGGGGCCUGUCGUGGUGCUCCAGGACCCUCCCCAGCCCGUGGUCACCCCAGUGAGAGCCCCCACUUCUUAGUCCCCGGUUGGGGAGCACCCAGCGUCUCAGUGAGGCCUGGGCUCCGAUGUGCCUUCUCACCCCCACAGAGGGCAGUCGCCCUCUUUACAGCCCCCCCAAAGGCAGCCAUGCCCCUCACCCCAGCUGGCCUGCUUGGAUUUGCUACAGCGCCCGGGCAUGGACCACCAUGUUUUAUACAAAAUUAAAACGUUUUUACAAGA